AUGUUUAUCAAUACACUUAUAGAAGAAAAAAUCUUAGUAAAAGCGUUAAUUGAUACAACAUCUAAAUAUAAUACUAUUAGCAAACACUUAUUCGAUAAGCUUAAAUCUGAUCACAGAUUAGAAGGUAUAGGUAUAGUUGGUGAUGAUCUAAUAGAUGAAGAAAUAAAAGGCUUAGAUUUACAGUUUCGCAUUAAAAGAAAGCGGCAAAGUUUAGCAAAAAUAAGCUUUGGACAUUCUCCCAAAACCCAUGUCCGCCAUGCUAAAAUUGUAAUAGAUGGUAUGAGCAUCCUAUUAUUCGAUGAAGAUUUUAACAAAGCCAGAUCCACUAAAAAUAAUUUAUCUAAAUCAACGGAAUCUAAACCUGGUCCAGCUCAAGAGGAGAGUAAGAAAAAUAAUGUCAAAUAUUUCACAGAUGCUUCUUCUAAUUCAGACACUUCAGACAGUGAUUCAAGUAAUUCUUCCACAUCUAGUUCAGAAAUAGAAGUUACACAUGCGCAUAAGACUAGAGCAAUAAAGAAAUGCCCUAUUCGAAAGCAUAAAGUAAAAG